CUUAUUAGCAAAACACUUGUGUAAAGAAACACACACAAGUGUUAAAGAAGAAAUAAACAGCCCCAAGAUGGGUUGGUUGCAAUGUAUUUUAGUAUUUUCUGUGUUCAUUAACGUUUGCCAAGGGGCAGUUUUGUUUAAUAUUAACCAACAACCAACAAGCGAUUUGAAGAAUACUGACGAUGGUAGUUUUGCCGCAACAACGCCGCAAAGACCUUUUCCAUUCUUUGGGAGAAACGUCAAUAGAUUUUAUGUGAGCAUGAAUGGUUUAAUUUCUGUUGAUGCCCCCGUCAUGUCUUACGAUACACGAACUUGGCCAUCAGGUGCUUAUAACCUUCCAGCAUCGUUCAUUGCACCGUUUUGGGCUGAUGUUAAUGGAUUUUUUGUGGGAGAUGUAAAACAGCGGCAGUCACAGCUACCAAGUGAACUGCAAAUGGCUAGAAAUGUUAUAGUAGGUCAACGAGCUAUCUCUGGGUUGAAGGCUAACUAUAUGUUGCUGGCGGAGUGGAAUGAUGUAACACCCUGUGAUUGCUUCUUUCCACGCAAUCAAUUUCAAGCUGCAUUAGUUACGGAUGGGUGUGCUUCUUAUGCAAUAUUUAGUUAUGGAUCAAUGUUGUGGGGAAACGAAGAAGGUGCUAGAGUGGGUGUAGUGCGUGUUGAUGCAAAUACACAUCAGGAACAUGUAGCAUCAGUUAACCGUAAUUUAAACACACUUGGAACAGGAAACCAUGUAAUGCAUUUAGGUGGAGAAAAUAUUUGCACUGGGCGUGAUAAUGGUGAUAUAAUGCUAAACUCUGCGGAUUCCACGAAUCGUACAUACUAUCGUUGUGGUCAAUGCAGUGCUGGACCCUUACAAACAUGUCCUUCUGGUCAGAAGUAUGAUAUUCAAUGUAACAAAUGUGUUGUGAACGCUUUCCCAAAUUGUGAUAAUAUUGUUCCUGUCAAUGGUCAAUGGAGUGCAUGGAGUAACAAUGGUGUUUGUAGUACAACUUGUGGAGGUGGUCAACAAAACCGAAUUAGACGAUGUGAUAACCCAGCUCCAAGUAAUGGUGGAAAUAGCUGCGUAGGACCAAGUACAGAUACAGUAUCAUGUAAUACAAGUCCUUGCCCAAUUGAUGGUGGUUGGUCAAGGUGGAUUGAUGAAACUCAGUGCAGAGGCACUUGUGGAACAGGAAAUUUGAUUCAAGUUAGAGUGUGCAUUAAUCCAAGACCACAGUUUGGAGGGCAACAAUGUGUUGGAGAAAAUCUAAGAACAAUUAACUGUAGUCUACCAUCUUGUGCAGUUAAUGGCAACUGGGGAAGUUGGAGUUCAGGAGUAUGUUCAGUUUCAUGCGGUAGUGGUUUAAGAUCUCGAACACGACUGUGUAACAAUCCUGCCCCUGCAAAUAAUGGAAAUAAUUGUGUGGGAUCUAACACUGAUGUAGUUCCUUGUAAUGAGAGAUUAUGUCCAGUGCAUGGCAACUGGGGAAAUUGGGUCAAUGGAUUAUGUUCUGUAACUUGUGGAAGUGGUGUGAGGGGUAGAACACGACAAUGUAACAACCCCGCACCUGCAAAUGGUGGAAAUUUGUGUGUAGGAUCUAACACAGAUCAAAUUGCUUGUGUUGCAGGUUCAUGUCCAGUACAUGGCAACUGGGGAAGUUGGGUUGCUGGAGCUUGCUCUACAACAUGCGGAAAUGGUGUGAGGGAUAGAACACGACAGUGUAACAAUCCUGCACCUGCAAAUGGUGGUAAUACUUGUGAUGGAUCUCGCACAGAUCAAAUUGCUUGUAAUGAGGGAUUGUGUCCAGUACAUGGAAACUGGGGAAGUUGGGUUGCUGGAGUUUGCUCUACAACUUGCGGAAAUGGUAUUAGGGGUAGAACACGACAGUGUAACAACCCUGCACCUGCGAAUGGUGGUAAUACUUGUGAUGGAUCUCGCACAGAUCAAAUUGCUUGUAACGAGGGACUGUGUCCAGUGCAUGGCAACUGGGGAAGCUGGACUGCUGGUACUUGUUCUGUAACAUGCGGUAGUGGUAUGAGAUCUCGAACACGACUGUGCAACAGCCCAGCCCCUGCAAAUGGUGGGAGUACUUGUGUUGGAUCUAAUACUGAUCAAAUUGCUUGUAAUGAUGGGCUAUGUCCAGUACAUGGCAACUGGGGAAGUUGGACUGCUAGCUCUUGUUCUGCAACAUGUGGUAGUGGUAUGAGAUCUCGAACACGAGUGUGUAACAGCCCAGCCCCAGCGAAUGGUGGAAAUCCUUGUGCGGGAGCUAGUACUGACCAAAUCACAUGUAAUGAGGGCCUGUGUCCAGUACAUGGUAGCUGGGGAAGUUGGGUUGCUGGAUCUUGCUCGGCAACAUGUGGAAAUGGUGUUAGGGCUAGAACGCGAGUGUGUAACAACCCAGCCCCUGCAAAUAAUGGAAAUCCUUGCGCUGGUUCUAGCACUGAUCAGAUUGUGUGUAAUUUGGGAUUAUGUCCAGUACACGGCAAUUGGGGAAGUUGGGUUGCUGGAUCUUGCUCAAGAACUUGUGGAAAUGGGCAAAGAGCACGAACCCGUCAAUGCAACAAUCCAGUUCCUGCAAAUGGUGGAAAUCAAUGUCAAGGAUCAAACGCAGAUCAGAUUUCAUGCAACGAAGGAUUAUGUCCAAUUCAUGGAAAUUGGGGAUCCUGGGUGAACUCCACUUGUUCAACAACAUGCGGAUUUGGUUUGGUAACUAGAAAUCGUGAAUGUAACAAUCCAGCUCCAGCAAACGGUGGAAACCCAUGCAUUGGAUCUCAGAUUGAGCAAUUAACUUGCAAUGAUGGCCCAUGUCCAGUUCAUGGUUUCUGGGGAAAUUGGGUUGGUGGCUCAUGUUCUGUAACUUGUGGAUCAGGUACACGAACAAGAACACGUUUUUGUAACAACCCACCACCUAGCAAUGGUGGUGAAACUUGCCCAGGUUCGAGAACAGACACAGUAACUUGUACUGUUGGCUUAUGUCCAGUAAAUGGCAAUUGGGCUCCUUGGGUCGAUGGCACAUGCUCACUCACAUGUGGUAGUGGUACACGACAAAGAACAAGAACAUGCAGCAACCCAGCGCCAGCAAAUGGUGGUUUAUCAUGCUCUGGAUCAGCAGUUACUUCCGUUCCAUGCAACGAAGGACCAUGUCCAAUUCAUGGAAACUGGGGAUCCUGGGCAAAUAGUGCAUGUUCUGUAUCAUGUGGCUUGGGUACGUUGACACGCUCGCGUCUUUGUAAUAAUCCAGCACCAAGUAAUGGAGGAAAUAGCUGUGUUGGCUCAUCAACAUUGCAAGUACAAUGCAACAAUGGUGCAUGUCCAGUCCAUGGUCAAUGGAGUGCUUGGGUUGAUGGAUCAUGCUCACAGACUUGUGGAAAUGGCAUUCGAGCAAGAACCCGUACUUGCACAAAUCCUGCACCAGCUAAUGGCGGAUCAACCUGUGAUGGAGCUUCUACUAGCAAUAUUGCGUGCAAUGAUGGGUCUUGUCCAAUUCAUGGUGGUUGGGGAAGUUGGGCAAAUGAAGGGACAUGCUCACGAACUUGUGGCCAAGGAAGGCAACUUCAACGACGUCUUUGCAACAACCCCCCACCCCAGUUUGGUGGCAACAACUGCAAUCCUGCUGAUAGUUCACAAACAAUUGAUUGCUUCCUUGUUAACUGCCCGAUUAAUGGAGGUUGGUCUGCUUGGACAGAAAGUGGUUCUUGCAGUAGGACUUGUGGUACUGGAGUAAUUAGAGAAGUUAGAUCAUGUACAAAUCCAACCCCUCAGUUUGGAGGCAGCACUUGUGUAGGGACCAGUCAACGUCAGACAAAAGAAUGCAACACGCAAAGAUGUCCAGAUAUAUGUACUAUCCAGAAUGCAGGAGAUAAUCAAAUUGUUUUCGAUCCAGCAAACCGCUCUUUCUAUUGCGUUUGCAUGAGAACAGCAGAUAACAGUCAGAGCUUUAUUCAUAUUUGUCACACUUGUCCAGCUGGAACACAGUACGAUACAACAUUGUCUAUGUGUGCUAUCAAGAUAAAUCUUCAGUGUACCCCAGAUCCGUUCUGUAAUGGAAAAGCCCCUAAUCAAAACUAUUCAAUCAAUCAUGGACUAUCAACAGCUUCAUGCAGUCAUCUGUACUAUUUCUGUGAUGCUCUGUUACAGAAAACUGAGUUAUCCUGUGGCUUGACGUCAAAUGGUGUUUAUUUUGAUCCAGUAUCACAGCAAUGUAUGGCUGGAAAUCCACCUCAAGCAACAUGCUCAAAUUAUUUGUGUACUGGUCGUGUUGAUGGCAGUUAUGAUCGCGUCAAUGAAACAUGCACAUCGUACUAUCAAUGUACAAACUUCCAAUUAUCAAUACGAGCAUGCAAUUCUCCAACUCCCUUUUACAACAAUGUAUUAAGAACAUGUGUAGCUGUUUACCCUGACCAAAACUGCAUACAUCCACAAUGUGCUGGACGGUCUAACGGGCGUUAUGUGGAAGAUGACACUUGUGGAGCAUAUUAUGACUGUGUGAAUCAGCGAAGAACGUUUUACGACACAUGUGCUGGAUAUUACAAUAGAAAUACUCAAUCUUGUUCGGCAACAUACCCCGGAAUUCAUUGUCAACAUAAAUUUUGCCUUGUCAGUCCACGUAAUCUUGCUGCUGGAAUAUACCGACAGGAUGGUUCAAGUUGUUUUGCAGAUCAUGCAUUCUGCUCAGGAGGAAGCACAACACCUCCAAACUUUUACGAAACAAGAAAUUGUGCAGUAAAUAAUUACUUUUUAAUUACAAAUGCUCAAACCUUGGCUGGUGUGUGUACUCCAAGUCCACCCGCAACAACCUGUGCCAAUUAUCGCUGUAUUGGACGACCUAAUGGUCAUGUGAUGAGUUUGGAUGGUGACAAUUCUUGUACAACAUAUUAUGAAUGUCAAUCACAAACUACGCUGCUGAGAACAUGUGCCCCAAACACGUACUUCAAUGGCGCUUCUUGUUCUCCGAACUUUGAUGCCCUCAGGUGCCAACAUCCUGACUGUCUACCUGGUGGAAGACAAGGUAGAGCAGGUGAUUAUCCACUAACAGCAGGAAAUCAAUGUAGUGCAAGUUACUACAGUUGUAGCUCAAAUUUGUAUCGAACAACACGCUCUUGUCAGAUCUCAGCAACUGGUGAAUAUUUUGGAUUCAGGAAUGGUGUUUGGGAAUGUAUUGUUGGUGAUGCACCCCAAUCAUGUGGAUACCCAGGUUAUGUCUGUAUUGGUAAAUCAAUCACUGUAAACGGUUUUCCAUUCCAAGAUGAUCCCCGUGAAUCGUAUUGUAGAGGCUAUUUCAGCUGUACUUCCUCGGGUGCUGUUUCAGCUACUUGCAGUGGUGCAAAUCCAUUCUAUAACAUUGCAUUAAGGAGAUGCCAAUCUACAUUACCUGCAACUCAAGGAUGUUGGAGAGAUGGAGGUAUUUCAUUGUGGGCUUCCUGGUCAUAUGUCAGCGGAAGCUCGUGUUCCGUUACCUGUGGCACAGGUGGUGUGCAAUUACAACGAAGAACACGUUCCUGUACCAAUCCUACACCUCUUGGUGGUGGUUCAACCUGUCAAGGAAUUUCAAUUGAACAAUUCCAAAAUGCAACUUGCCAAAUCACACCCCCAUCUUGUGGAGAUCAGUUUUGUGUUGGAAGAGCGGCUGGUGAUUAUUCAAAAUCACUGGCAUUGACCCCACCUGUAAACUUGGCCUGUUUCAAGGAUUACUUUAUCUGUUCGGGUCCACCUAACAACAUUUUGUCUAACGGCGAUUGUCCCAGUGCAGACUAUGUGUUCAUUCCAGGAAGUGGAUGUAGGCGAGGCAAUUUAGAUCCUGCUUGCCCAUCCAAUGCAUGCAACAGAAAGGCUGAUGGACUGCACCCCUUGUCCACUAGCACGCAUGACUGUCGACAAUACUUAAAUUGUUCGAAUGAAUUUGAAAUCGCACUGACUUGUCCAAAUGGAAAUAAUAAUCGCCCGUUAUACUUUAACGCUGUUUCAAGAACAUGCGAACCAAUCGCUGGGUCAAACUGUAAUCCAGUACUGGGAUUUUGGAGCAACUGGGCUAAUGAUGGAAGUAACUGCGGUAUCAGUAAUGGACAAUGCCAAAGAAGGCAAAUUCGAACUUGUUCCGAUCCAACCCCUUUAAAUGAUCCAAAUGCAUGUCCUGGUGACAAUUCCCGAUUUGUCUUGUGUAAUUCAGUUGAUUGCUCAAACCCAUGUACUACUAAUCCUUGUACUGGUACCAACGCAGUUUGUGUGCAAACUCCGUUGGUUGGUGUAGGAUACAUCUGUGACUGUCCUAAUGGAUAUACUAAAACGGGUAGUGGGAACACUGUUACCUGUACUAAUAUAAACGAAUGCACCUCUGGCACACAUGAUUGCUCUCCAAACGCUAACUGCUUCGACACGCAAGGAAGUUUCAUAUGUACUUGUCAGACGUUUUAUACUGGUGAUGGAAAGACGUGCACAGAUAUUAAUGAAUGUGCCAUUGGAACUCAUAACUGUAACUCCAAUGCGAGAUGUACUAACCGAAUCGGCGCUGGAUUCACAUGUACGUGUAACGUAGGUUUCGAAGGAGAUGGCACAACAUGUAACGACAAGAACGAAUGUACAAACGGGGAAUCUAUAUGCCACACUAAUGCAAUUUGUUCCAAUACUGUUGGUAGCUACACUUGUAGUUGCCGACCUGGAUUUUCUGGAACUGGAAUUGUAUGCUCAGACAUUAAUGAAUGUACAGCUGGUACAGCCGCAUGUAGCCCUCAGGCUACCUGUUUGAAUAACAUUGGUAGCUACGGAUGCACGUGUAACGGUGGAUUCAGAGGAAAUGGUUUCACAUGUACAGAUAUCCACGAGUGUAACGAAAACAGUGAUAAUUGUAAUGCCAAUGCACUCUGUUUGAACACAUUUGGUGCUUUUACAUGUACAUGUAAUACUGGAUUCACUGGCAAUGGCGUGACAUGCUCAGAUGUGAACGAAUGCUUAGCUAGCAAUCUCAACAACUGUCACUUGAACGCUGACUGUACGAAUACGAUUGGUAGUUAUACAUGUGCUUGCAGGAUUGGAUACGCAGGAAAUGGACUAACCUGUCAAGAUAUCAAUGAAUGUACCAGUGGAACGAGCGAUUGUAACAGCAAUGCCGACUGUACCAAUUCAGUUGGCAGUUUCACUUGUAGUUGUCGACCUGGAUAUAUAGGGGAUGGGAAAACGUGCACAGCAACCAACGCAUGUGCAAACAGCAACUGCAGUCCAAAUGCAAGAUGCAGUAAUUCGCAGAAUGGAGGCUUUACGUGUACUUGCAAUGCUGGGUAUUCUGGAAAUGGAGUAACAUGUACAAACAUCAACGAAUGUACCUCUGGGACACACGAUUGUUCACCAAAUGCUAAUUGUGCCGAUACAAUAGGUAGUUUUUCGUGUACGUGCAAGCCAUUCUACGCUGGUGAUGGGAGAACGUGUACAGAUAUAAACGAAUGUCAACUUAACACGGACAAUUGUCAUGCAAACGCAAUAUGUACCAAUCAAAUUGGAACAGGAUUUACGUGUCAAUGUACAGCUGGCUACACAGGGAAUGGAGUUAACUGCGUCGAUCUAAAUGAAUGCACUGCAAAUCUUGACAACUGUGACUCUGUUAAUGGAAUCUGUAACAACUUAAUUGGCAAUGGAUUUUCAUGUGCAUGUAGAGGUGGAUUUACUGGAAAUGGUGUCACCUGUACUGAUAUCGACGAGUGCGCUACGAACACACAUAACUGCUCACCUAAUGCGAAUUGCUUCAAUACUGUUGGUGCUUUCACAUGUACCUGUAAGAUUGGUUACUCUGGUGAUGGACAAACAUGUGUCGAUAUAAACGAAUGCGCUAACAGUAAUGCAAACACUUGUUCUGUGAAUGCUGAUUGUACAAACACACAAGGAAGUUACACAUGUGCUUGUAGGGAUGGCUUUACAGGCGAUGGAAGAACCUGCACAGCUGCAAAUCCAUGUGCAAGUAACAACUGCAACGCGAAUGCUGACUGUACUAAUGUUGGCAACACAUUCUCGUGUACAUGUAGAAUAGGCUUCACAGGAAAUGGAAUUUUCUGCAAUGACAUCGACGAAUGUCUUCAAGCGAACGACUGCCAUGCCAAUGCUGAUUGUACGAACACUGCGGGUAGUUAUUUAUGUACUUGCAAGGCAGGCUAUUCAGGCGAUGGAAAAUCGUGUGCUGACAUCAAUGAAUGUACUACGGGUAUGCAUAAUUGUAAUACUAAUGCAUUUUGCACAAACUCGCUUGGCAGCUUUUCUUGCACGUGUAAUCCAGGCUUUACUGGCGAUGGGCGAACUUGUACUGCUACUUCGCUGGAUUGUCGCUUCACUGGUGAUCGUCUUCCAGAUGCAAACGAUCCAACUAAAUAUCAGGAAUGUCAAACUGAUGGAACUCGUGUUAGCAAAUCUUGUCCUAAUUCCCAAUUAACCUCGUUUACCGGUUCAGGAUUUGUCGAGUUCUCAAAUGGUAUAUUUUAUUCACCAUAUUUCCGAACAUGUGUGAACACAACGACAGGCCGACCGCAUGGCCCAAUUCUUGACAUCAAAGAUUCAUGCGCUGAGAUUGCCAACAAUCAGGUAACUGGUGACGACAUUAAAUUACCUGUACCAACAGUCCCAGGCUGUCAUCAAUGGUUGACCUGUUCCAACCAAGUGUUGACUAAUCGAGAGAUUAAUCCGCCUGUCGCUGGUCAAUGUGAUGGAUCACUAUUAUUUGACGGUGACCGACAUUUUUGCGAUGUUGGUUCAUCAUUUACUUGUUUGUUCCCUUAAAAUACUUAUUUAUCGUACAUGAUUUGAAUGCAAAAUCAGAGGCUAUUCUUAACUGAAUGGCACAGGAAACUGAUCUUAUUCACGUAUGGUAUAUUACUUAGCAUUUAAUUCAUUGAUUUCUCUCUUAUAAUUUUUUUUAAAUUCUGCUCUUUUUUGUUAAUUUUUACAAUAUCAAGUUUUCCAUUCGUUAUACAUAAAUAGUUCUAUUUUUCUAAUUUUUUUAUACACUACUACAUUAUUUUGUUGUUAUUGUUGUUGUAAUUUUGAGAUACAUAUAAUUUCUACUCUGUGUUGUCUUGUCUGUCGUUUCAUUCUUGUUCUCCUGUUAUAUUUGUACAUAGUCAAAUGUAUUUCAAAUUUUUGUUGAGCAUUUGUCAUUGAUUUUUGUUUUUUUGUUUGUUUGUUUUUUUUUUGUUUUUUAGGCUGUUCUUUUUCUUUUUUUCUGCAGACUCUUAACCACAUUGUUUUGAGGCAGCUCCAUGCAGUUUUCCUUUCUCGUGUGCAAAUUGAAACAAAGUUUCAGUUAGAACUGAAAAAGCAUAUUACGUAUGUGACUUUUCACCUUUCUUGUUUCUUAAUACAAAUAACUCCAAAAUCUAUAGAUACUCGAUAUCAUUGCAGUAAAUUUAACUAAGUGAGGUAUUUUAAGAUAUUAUUGUUAGCACUGUUGUAACAUGCAACAUUUUUGAAUGGGAACGGCCAUUAUGACAGGAAACUGUUGUGUCACGGAAUAGGAACUACCGAAGAUAUUGAAGACAUCAGGUCAAUUCUUGACAUGAUGAAUGCUUGUAUGUUUGAUUGCACUCUGCACUGCGUACUUCACUUGUUUCCAACUCUCUUAAUAUUGGUGUAAAAUCAAAAGGAUAUUUUAAAAGGGCUGGAAACAAAGUUGUUGUGACUGAUGAUGUUUAAAUUGACUGAUUUGUAAUUUUAAUUACGUCACAAAAGAAGAAAUAUAAUUUUAUUUAUUAAG